AUGACCCCAAGCCGCUUAGAUGACAGCAGAGCUUCAAGCCCCGUGGACACUCAAAAACCCACAGUGUAUCUGCUCGAUAACUUCCACCCUGAAGCCAUCAAGUACUGCCAAGAGCGGUUCAACGCCAUCCUUCCUGGAGACCCAGGACACGCCAACUGGAGACAGAAUGCCCAAUAUCUUCUGAUCCGUUCAUCCCAUCUCACGGCCAAGGAUGUCGCGCUGUGUCAUAACCUCAAGGCCAUCGGCAAGCAAGGCGUGGGUAUCGACAAGAUUGACGGCAAAGCUUGUGCCGAAAGGGACAUCAAGAUCUUCAAUACACCUGGCGUCAACGCCCAAGCAGUUGCUGAGACGGUGCUGGCUUUGACAAUGUCUGUCGCUCGAGAAGUGCCCCGCAUUGUCGCACAGCAAUCGCAAGGAUUGGUUGUUCCCAAGGAAACGUGCUCAGGCUUGAUCAUCUACCGCAAGACGAUAGGCAUUCUUGGCAUGGGCAACAUUGGGCAGGCGGUGGCUCGAAUCUUCCGAGGAGCCUUCGAUGCCCAAGUCAUUGCAUAUGACCCGUUUAUGCCACCUGAUGCUUGGUCGGAUAUUCCUCAUCAACGCGCACAUACCGUUGAUGAAGUCUUGCGAGUAUGCGACGUGCUCAGCAUUCACGUUCCUUUAAUACCAGAGACUCGCAACCUGAUAUCCUACCGAGAAUUGGGUCUUAUGAAGCCUACUGCCAUCCUGAUCAAUGCGGCGAGAGGCGGGAUUGUCCAUGAGGCUGACCUGGAGCGUGGUCUGCGAGAAGGCUUGAUUUGGGGUGCCGGCUUGGACUGCCACGAGCAAGAGCCGCCAACCAAGGAGAAAUAUGGAGCGUUGUGGGAGCAACGGGUGUUGAGCACGCCUCAUAUCGGAGCUGCAACUUCACAGACGCAGAUGGAGACUGCAAUUGCGGCAGUUCAACGGCUAUAUGAGUUCAUCAAGAGCGAAGCGAGCUAA